AUGAGAACCUUGUUGGCUGUCGCUUGCAUCGCUUCCACCGCUUCCGCCUUCAUCCUUCCGGGACUCAGUCUCCCAGGACUCGGAGGAGGUGGUGGCGCGUGCUGCGGAGCUGCUCCAGCUCCUGCUCCAGCACCAGCUGCCGGUGGAUACGCCACCGCUCCAGCGGCUCCCGCCUACGCCGUCCCAGCCGCCCCACAGAUCCCAGCCGGCGGAUACGCUCAGGCCGGACCAGCUCUCGGAGGAUUGGGAGGACUCGGAGGCGGAUACCAGGCUGCUCCAGCUCCAGCUUUCGGAGGAGCCCCAGCUCAGGGAGGAUACAACGCCGGACCAGCUCCAGCUUUCGGAGGAGCCCCAGCUCAGGGAGGAUACAACGCCGGACCAGCUCCAGCUUUCGGAGGAGCCCCAGCUCAGGGAGGAUACAACGCCGGACCAGCUCCAGCUUUCGAAGGAGCCCCAGCUCAAGGAGGAUACAACGCCGGAGCAGCCCCAGCUCAGGGAGGAUACCAGCAGCAAGCUCCAGCCCCAGCUCAGGGAGGAUACCAGCAGCAAGCGCCAGCCCCAGCUCAGGGAGGAUACCAGCAGCAAGCUCCAGCCCCAGCUCAGGGAGGAUACCAGCAGCAAGCGCCAGCCCCAGCUCAGGGAGGAUACCAGCAGCAAGCGCCAGCCCCAGCUCAAGGAGGAUUUGAACAGCAGCAGCCAGCUCCAGUUCAAGCUGGAGGACAAUACGACGCCUCGGCCGCCGCUCCAGUCGAGCAAGCCGCUCCAGCUCAACAAGGUGGAUACCAACAACAGGCUCCAGCUCCAGCUCAAGGAGGAGCCUACCAGCAGGGAAAGAAGCAUUAG